AUGUUCAGCUUGAUGGGAGGUGGACUGCUGUGCGCAGUCUGCGGCCUAAUCCUCCUCAUAGUUGCCACGGCGACAGAUUUCUGGAUGCAGUACCGCUACUCAGGCAACCUCAGCAACCAAGGCCUCUGGCGGUUCUGUGUGGGAAGCAAAUGCCACCCGCACACCAUCACCCUCGCCUUCUGGGAUGCCACUCGGGCAUUCAUGCUCCUCUCCAUCCUUUCCUCCUUUGCUGGGAUCAUCUUGGGGCUGACCGCCUACUCCAGCAACGUCCGAUCCACUCGUAACCGUGCAGCAGGACUCAUUGAGAGUCUCUUUGCCCUGUUGGGUGUAUCAGUCUAUACAGGAGUGACGGUGAAUUUCUACGGAAAACGCUAUCCUGACUGGCGUUUCUCCUGGUCCUACAUUCUGGGUUGGAUCGCGGUCAUCCUUACCAUCUCAGCAGGUGUGUUCCACAUUUGCGCUGUCCCCAGGAAUUCCUCUCCUAAUGGCUCCAACGUGGCAAGCCUCAGCAGUGGUCUCGUCAUUGUCCCACAGCUCGGCCAGGAGGACACUGUCAUCCUUCUUGGCCUUAGCCAGGCACUGCCGCUCCCAGUUGCUGAAGCAGUGCUUGGGCCCGUGCAGCUGCUGGAUCUCGGCCUCGCCCUCCUCCUUGACUGCCCUCCUCCAUGGCGCCGGCCCCCGUCCACUUACAGGCUAGCCAGCUAUGUGCAUCCGGGCGCAGCCGACGAUGACCACUGCGGCACUGCCAUGAUGGGCCUUGGCCUCAUCAUCCUCCACCCGCUGGAGCAUCUGGCCCAUCCAUCGCCUCCCACAAGACUGACCCAAGAUGCUGUGUGCUGCUUCUGUGGGUGGGACUCAGGGAACGCAGCCACCAGUGGAUAG